AUGGCAGCUUCUUCCAAACCGACAGAUGAAAAAACCGAUCUCUACAACCGCAAUUUGACGAGUCGAAAAUAUGCCCUUUUCGGAAUGACAUGCUCAAGUAUCUUCAGCUGCCCAUGCAUCGUUGCAGGCACCAUCACUUUAGCCAAACGCGGAAUCUCGGGAGUUACUGUGGCCAACUUCAGUCCUCGGGAGGGGGAGAUAUUGGCCCUGACGCUUAACUUAAUCCCUCAGAGUCUCGGCUUCGUUUCAACACCAAUCUGGGCCUCCCUCAUCAUAUGUUCUGGUCUUGAAUCGGAGAGGGCCUCAUCUGACUGUUUCUGCCUCGCCAUUUUUUGGUCAGGGGGUGGUGCCAUCGCAGGGUUACCUCUCCUCAUUUUGGGCAUUGCACUCCUCCUCCAGGUGAUGAUCGCAUUGUCAGGGAUGCGGGCCGUCAAAAUAUUGACGUGGAGCUCCUCACCUUUCGACUUGACCGCCGCACUGGUCCACCACAUGCAAUUGACCCCGUUACUAUGCGGUCCAUGCGUUGUGCCUGACCUAGACACCAUCCGGAAAUUUGUUAUUUUUCUUUGGGUGACCGUUGCAGCAUGCACUGGAUGGGCCGCACUCGUCAUGUAUAUCGGGGACAAGUUCGUCAAGAUGAAAACAUUGUCUAACAAUCCGCUAACCCCACACACGUGGUCGUUCUUGCCCAACGAUGCGCUAUCCACUUUUAUCUCGUAUGAUAUGCCUGGUGUCAAUGACACUAGGGUGUGGAUUCUGCUCUUUGUCAAUAUAGUAGUUAUCCAGGGGCCAUUGACGCUUGGGCUACAUUUCUCGGAGCUCAUUGCGAAUGUCAUUCGAGACGAGAGACAGUGGAGAUGCGCUACCGGAAGGAAGGGACUUAGAGCCGCGACGAACCCGUUGAAGACGAUUUUCACUCAUCCAAUUUGUCUCGUACUUUUCAUCGCGAAGCCUUUCCUGCCGCUGUUUAUAUUUGCCUGUUUCUUCACUUUCGUCGCACUGCGCCGACCGCGUGGCUCCCAGCCGGCUGCAUAUGGUCACGUUCAGACGCUCGCCAACCUCGUGGACGAGUGGUCGCCUGUGAUGUGGUGGGGACACAAGGAAGACGGAAUCCCGUAUUGUCAUGCUGGGACGAGCGAGCACCCGCUGCCGGAUGUGAAGAUGGACUGCGUUUAUGCUGGCUCCGGUGAUGGGUUUCUAGUACCCCUCUCGUGA